ACAAUUUCCACCAACUUUAUGGGCAGAUAAACCAUCCGAAGAAGCUAGAACAACUAAUGGUCCAGAAUUUUUCAUAUGCACUAUAAUUCGCAGUUUUAAGAGGAAGAUACAUUACUAGCCGAGUGUGUUAGUAAACACCCAUGCUUGUUCGACUUGAAGCAUCCGGCAUAUAAGGAUCAACAAGUCAGAGAAAAUGUUUGGAAGGAAAUAUGUGUGAUUCUAAAAACAAAAAGUGGAGUGUGUCAAAUUUAUCAACUGAAAACAUUGAUGAAGAAGAUAACCAGAGUGAGGUGGCAGAUGAAUUAGAAACAUUUGAUGAUAGUAUGCAAUCAGAACAACAUUCCGAGGCAAAUGAACCAAAUCCAUCGUGUUCGACCGUCGAACCAGAAACCACCCAACAUAAACAUACACUUUCCACUGAUUCAAAAAUAAAAAAUAAAAUGAAACAAAGCGAUGCCUUGGUGGAAGUUUUAAACAAAAGAAGCGAAGAAAGGAAAACGUUGAUGGCAGAACUUACAAGUAUCGAAGACGACAAUCCUAUCCAGGGGCGUCAUUUCAACUUUUUGAAAGUAUAGCGGAUACCUUCUGUCUUUCAUUUUUGCAAAAUCAUCAACUGCAUCAUUCAAAUUUAUUUGUUUUGCCUCUUCAGUUUCAACUCCAAGAACCAUUAAAUCGUUCAACCUUUCAUCACCAAUUGAUGUUCUUAAGAAAUUUUUUAUCCUUUUCAAUGAAGAAAAAAAGCGCUCAUUUGAUGCAGUUGUCACUGAUAUUUAUCAACUGGUCUUUCUUUUCGGAACCUGGCUUUUUCAAUGCGAAUGGGUGCAUUUACUAUAGCUAAAAUUGUUCACGAGACCUGUCAAGUUAUUUGGGAAGAACUUGUAAAUGGAUUUAUGCCAGUUCCUACAAAAGAAC